GAAGCCCAUUACAAGUUGGUGCCCAGAAGUCAGUUAAUGUGUGGGCACUUCAAGAGAGGUUAAAGAAGUAAAGGCAUGGCUGUUGAAAUGAUAAGCUGAAUGAAUUUUGGAAGUUUUAUUUCUAUUUUAAUGGAAUGGAUCAAACCCAAAAUGUCAGUUUUAAAGGAAUGGGUUUUGGGAAGCUUGAGAUUUUAGUAUUAGAGUUUUAGAUGCUCUAGGAAUAAAUAAAGCAUAUUUGAUGUUUUAUUUUUGGAGAAUGUUUAAUUGAUUAAUAUGGUGACUCGACCUACUUCUAAUCCAGUCUUAAUCCUAUUCCUAAUUAAUUGUAACCCUAACUAGCCCUAGUCCUAGGCCAAAUCUUAACCUAACUCAACUGCAACCCCAGUCCCAAACCCCAAAGCCCUAACCACAAACCUAAACCCAACCCAACCUCAGUCUCACCCAGACCCAAACUUACACUCAUGUGUCUUCUCACAGUUAUCUCCAUGCUUCUGCUUUUUUUGAUAGAAUGAUUACUAAUAUGUCUCACCUUGUCUGGGGUGCUAUAUGUUACUCUAUGUAUGUUUUUUUUAUGUUUAUAUGUAUUGUAUAAAUGUCUUGCCUUUUUUUUAUACAUAUAAAACUGUUUAACAAGUAUUUAUUCUGGUGUUAGUUGCUAUGUGGGUAUGCAUGAAAGGUCUUAUUUACUUAAUUUUCAUCCUCACUAUUAACUUUGUAAAAAGCAAAAUAAUCUGAUCUACAGAUCUAACUUUAAGGCCACAAUGACAAUUUGCUUUUUAUUUAUUUAAUUCUUUGUUCGGGCACUGGUAACCCCCCAGUGCUAAGAGGUGGCUUCGUAUCCUCCUCAGUGGUGAAUGCGGAAGGGGUUUCCAUGGAGGAGCUCGACGGCCUCCAGCUUGAGUUGGAGUUGCUGCUGUCAUCCGUCCUGGUGCGGCAGAAUGGCCUGAACAACCAGCUGAAUAUCAUCCACCAGCUGGAGAAGGGCAAAUAUGUACCCAAGACGCCAGUGUCUCCUGGGAAGAAGAUGAAACGUGAUGACCCUGACAGACCAUCUAAGAAGAUGAAGGACUCCAGUGGCAAGUCUAGAGAUGUCCUAGCCUCCCCUGGCCCUCCGCCGGGUGUCAAGCCGGCCAAGGUGAAUAAAGUUAAGUGUUCCGUACAGAAAUAUGAACCAGUGUUCGAUGUGCCUGACCUUGGGCCCCCUGAGCAGCCCAAACCUCCACCACCCAAAAAUGACAUCACUAAUCGCUUCUGGGCAACUGUAGAGCAAUAUUGCCAAGAAAUCACUGUUGAUGAUAUAAAGAUGCUUGAAGAUUUGAUCAACAAUCCAAAUGAUGAUAGUGACUACUUAAAAACGCCUCCCCUGGGAAGACACUAUACAUUACGCUGGGCUCAGGAAGACUUGCAAGAUGAACAGAAAGAAGGUGUAAAACUUGCAGAGGGAAAGAAGAAAAAUGUUAAGACAGAUUCAAGUAGUUCAGAUAUGUCUGAUAAAUUGUUAAAGGAAGUGGAUAUGAAUGGAUGUAAUGAUGAUGUAGCACCUUUUGGUCCUUUGACCCAAAGACUAAUUGCUGGUUUAGUAGAAGAGAAUGUUUUAGUGUCCGAUAUAGAAAAUAAAGCUGUAGAUGGUCUGGGCAUAAGUCGACCGGGAAUGAUAAGGUCACUAGGGCUGGCAAGCGCUUCCAGCCUGGAGAAACGCAUCAAGAAAGAACUUCAAGAACAAGGGGUCUUGGAGGCAGAAUAUGGAAAUGAAGACGACGAUGAUGAAAUCCUUUUAGAGUUGAAGAGAUGUCAGGCAGAACUACGUGCAGUAUCAGCCCACAAUGCGCAGCAGUUGAGUCGUUUGCUGACCUUAGCCGCGAAUCCUUAGUUCGUCAUGACUUGAAAAAGAAGCUACGAGAUGC